GGAGGGCGGGCAUUCUGGGCGCGGCGCUGACUCGCGAUUGGUCGGUGCGGCGGGGCGGAUGGGCGCGCGGGUUCUUGGGUUCUUGGUCUCCUUCUGGUGAUGGCGCCCGGCGGCUUUCGCUGGCUGCGCGGCCUGUGGAUGGCGGGGCAGCCUCUGUUCCAGGGCCGUGCGCUGCUUGUCACCAACACGCUGGGCUGCGGCGCGCUCAUGGCGGCCGGGGACGGCGCGCGCCAGUCUUGGGAGAUCCGCGCCCGGCCUGGCCAAAAGUUCGACCUGCGGCGCUCAGCGAGCAUGUUUGCGGUGGGCUGCAGCAUGGGCCCCUUCCUGCACUACUGGUACCUCUGGCUGGACCGCCUGCUCCCCGCAUCUGGCCUCCAAGGCCUCCCCAACAUCCUCAAGAAGGUCCUCGUGGACCAGCUGGUAGCCUCUCCCAUGCUGGGCGUCUGGUACUUCUUGGGCCUGGGCUGCCUGGAAGGCCAGACGCUGGGCGAGAGCUGCCAGGAGCUGAAGGACAAGUUCUGGGAAUUCUACAAGGCCGACUGGUGCGUGUGGCCUGCUGCGCAGCUGGUGAACUUCCUCUUCGUGCCCCCCCAGUUCCGAGUCACUUACAUCAAUGGCCUGACGCUGGGCUGGGACACAUACCUGUCCUACCUGAAGUACCGGGUGAGCACGAGCCCAGGCCUCCUGACACCCCCAGCCUGCGUGGCCCUGGACACCCGAGUGGACUGAGCUGCCGGUUCCUGGGACCGGAUGCCAGACGGAGGAUGCCAGACAGAGCAAGGCUGAGCCCCAGCUAACCACCCCCGCUCCUGCUGGAUAACGAGCUCCUGCAGCGGCCAGGAUCCUGGGCCAUGUCACGGCCCACUCUGACUCCUGGGCAUCUGGCUGAGUUGUCCCUUCCAAGCUGGGGCUCAGUUUCCCCAUCUGGAACACAACCUCAAAGACAGAUGACCAUCUCCAGCACGGGGCCCCACCCAGCCAGCCAGUCCCAAGCACCAAGCCCUCAACACUGGGCCAAACAGCCCAAGUGGGGCUUCCUCGGGCCCUGGGACAAAGGCAAGGACAUGGCCCAUCUCCUCAGCACAGGGUCAGGCCUGGAGUCACCCCCAAAAGCUUCAGGCAGGACUGAGCAGCAGCCUCUAGGUCACCUUCUCUGGUCGUGGACUGUGGAAAUUGCAUUAAAUUCUCUGUAAUUGACAAGGCUGGGGAUGACCAAAGCCAGCGUGGGCGAGGCUCGGAGCUCACAGGGACACAGCAUGGUCCAUUUGCUUUAUUGGAUGUGUGUAGUGCUGUCAUGACAUCUCCUAGGGGACUGUAGGGCAUGUUUGACACUCGUGAGGUCAGAACAGGUCAGGGUGGGGGGGUGUGGAGUGGCGAAUACCCACAGCACCCCCCACCACCAAAAGAGAAAACUUAGGGGGAGAGGAGCCCGGCAG